CUUAGAGUCUGACUGGUGGAGUGCCGCACUGUCUGCGUUAUCCUCUCCUGACGAGACGGAACCGCAGUGUCUACCGGCGAGGAGCCACCACUACACUAGGCAGAGAAAGACAAGAAGGAGACCUGGCAGUGAGUGGUGGCCGCACUGGGCCACGCUGGUGGCGACUGGAGACUCUGCUCCUCCGCCUGCUGCUGUUUCUGGCAACCGUGCGCCAGCCCUGAGGGGCCUCCUGUGGACAGUGACCCCCUUCCCCGGCUCCCCUGCCCACCCUGCCGGGGAGGGCGGAAGAUGCCCGUGAAGAAGAAGAGAAAGUCCCCCGGGGUGGCAGCGGCAGUAGCGGAAGACGGAGGCCUCAAGAAGUGUAAAAUCUCCAGCUAUUGCAGAUCCCAACCUCCUGCUAGACUGAUAAGUGGAGAAGAACAUUUUUCAAGCAAGAAGUGCCUGGCUUGGUUUUAUGAGUAUGCAGGUCCUGAUGAAGUUGUAGGGCCAGAAGGAAUGGAAAAGUUUUGUGAAGACAUUGGUGUUGAACCUGAAAAUAUUAUUAUGUUAGUUUUAGCGUGGAAAUUGGAGGCUGAAAGCAUGGGAUUUUUUACCAAGGAAGAAUGGUUAAAGGGAAUGUCUUCAUUACAGUGUGACUGCACAGAAAAGUUACAGAACAAAUUUGACUUUUUGCGCUCGCAGUUGAAUGACAUUUCGUCGUUUAAGAAUAUCUACAGAUACGCCUUUGAUUUUGCAAGGGAUAAAGAUCAAAGAAGCCUUGAUAUUGAUACUGCUAAAUCUAUGUUAGCUCUUCUGCUUGGGAGGACAUGGCCACUGUUUUCAGUAUUUUACCAAUACCUGGAGCAAUCAAAGUAUCGUGUUAUGAACAAAGAUCAGUGGUACAAUGUAUUAGAAUUCAGCAGAACAGUCCAUGCCGAUCUUAGUAACUAUGAUGAAGAUGGUGCUUGGCCUGUUCUCCUUGAUGAAUUUGUUGAGUGGCAAAAAGUGCGUCAAGCAUCAUAGCAAGAACUAUUGUGAAGAAAAUGCAAACCUUUUGAUUCCCAGAUGUGUACAAACUAAUGAGAUGAGGGGAAAAAAUCGAAAGGGUGCAUUUUCAUUCAGAUGAAAGACUUCUCAUAGUACUUUUUAUCCUUUUUUUUAAAGGAAGUUUUCUUGUUACAUGUGAUGGGCAUUGAGCCACACCUCUUCUGAGACUGAAUAUUGAAGUUUUGUUUUAUGUUUAUAUCAUUUAUUUCAGAACAAUAAAGAUUCAGAUUUGUGACAAAGGCCUUAAAGUGAA